AUGGUGAAUCACGCCUCAGCUCCAAGUAAUGUUCAUUUCCAUGGUUUUCUAGAUGAUGAUGAUCGCAAUCCGCGAAUAUCGAGAAAGCAGCAGGUGUAUCGCUGGGACUCGUUGCACAGCAUGAAAUGGGUUCUUUCUCAAGAAAGAGACACAAUUCCACCGAGUGCCGUCGAAUGUGGUACCAGCAGGCGAAAGAAACUGUAUUUGGGACGUGCGGAACACGCCGGUUCCAUUACACCCGGAUUCAUCGAUCCGGCCAAGAAGGUGUGCUUUAUACCGUGGGGUGGUGAGGCUCACGAGAAAAAGGUGUACGAAUUCCUGUGCACAGCGGGCGAGUUUGUACAGUGUACCGAUUCGAACAUACUGCUGCGUGCCACACCGGCCGGCGUAUCCGAGCAGGGUGAACCAUUGUACAUUGGUAGGGUAAAUGUGAACGGGAAGCUUGUCUGCGGAAAGGUGCAACGGUCACAUGCCGUUUGUUACAUACCGUUAAACGAAAAGGAGAAACAUAACGUAGAAUUUGAAGUGUUUAUAAGAUCCUAA